AUCACAUCUCAGUACAUCUCGUCAAUGAAGCAUGCAACCAAAAGGAAGGACAAAUACUCGACAUGAUUCUUCUUCUUGUUAAAAACGAACGUCCGAAUACCGAAACAUGCUUUUCGAGCUGUUUUUGAUUUUUCUCUGCUACGAUAAAACAGCAAGUAUGAAGAUUGGUCAACAUACAUCAGUCAGAUAUGGAGAAAAUGCCACUUUGUUUUCUCAGUUGACAGAUACUGGAGAGAGUUUAACUCGAAUUAUAUGGCGGAAAAAAACACGUGAAGAUCCUGAGGAGAAGUCCUUUUUUGUUAUUUUUCCAGAUGGCCAAACUAAACACCUAAAUGGAUUAAAGGACAGAAUACAAUUUAUUGGGGAUUUUUCAGAAAAAAUUGGUUCCGUUCAGAUUCAGGAGAUGAGGAUCCUGGAUGAAGGAAUCUAUACCUGCAUCUUCAAUUUAUUUCCUAGCGGACCAUUUGAGACUAACAUAAACGUCACUGUUCUUGUUCCUCCUGAGGUCAGCGUAAUGGAAUUGACUCCAGCUGUAGGUGAUUUAGAUGUUGCUUUGGCAUCAUGCAUCGCCUCCAGCGCACGACCUGCAGCUGUAGUUAUAUGGAGAUUAGGACCUCAGCAAACCUUUUUGAGGACUCAAACCAACAUCACAGUGCAUCCAAAUGGAACUUUUACUGUUGUGGCCAACCUACUCGGUCCCAUCCUUAAAAGUUCAAACCAGCAGAAGGUUCAGUGUGCGGUGACACAUCAGGCCCUGGAAAAGGAACUUUUGCUGGACUACCAAAUAAACAUUCAUUAUCCUCCAGAAGCAGUGAUGAUCAUUCCCGACAGUACUAGAGAUGCUAAAGAACUUAGGUGUGUUGUUGAUAGUAACCCAAGGCCGACAAACUACACAUGGACAAGGAAAUAUGAAAAUACUUCUCGGACUAUUCAGUCUGACGGAAACCAACUUCUUGUUCCAAAACUCUCCCCUGACAUUAAUGGGUUGUACAUCUGUAAAGCUUCAAACCAGUAUGGAAGCGCUUUGGGUUCCCUGUACUUGCAUGUUCACACUGAAUCCAGCCGUGUCUGUUGGGGUCUGUUUGGGUUUAUCAUCUGUUGUGCUGUUCUUUGCAUUGUGGGUUAUGCAUUGAGGUUGCGGUAUUUGUACUCUGGUAAAGAAGAGGAUAGAUACCCAAGUGGGCAGCAGGAGGGUAAUGCUGAAGAAACUGAGGAACUUUGAAAAAAAAAUGGAGACGCCUUCAGAUUCUGAGAAACCAGGUGAGUUGGUGGAUUCUGCAUCAAGGAAUCAAGGGCAACCUACAGCUCUGCCACCCCCCUCUCCCUCCCAUUAGAGAAGCUACGGUUGCCGUCACAGGACAAAAGGGUUCCGUAAAUGAUAGCGGCUAUUAUCGGUGGUGUUGAUAAUUACAAUCUACAUCUCACAGGCGAACAACAGACUGAAGUUACGGACACAGGAUAGAGAUGUCGUCGUCUGAGACAGCAGAGAGUAACCUUUGCAAGUCAAGUGACAAGGGUUAUUUACAAAGAAAAAUAAAUAAAUAAUAUUUACUUAAUUCAUCAUUUACUCUAAUCGUUAUAGUGAAUAUUAUUGUUACUUGUUUAACAUUGUGUCAGUGAUUUAUCCGCUUAUUUUGCAUAACAUUUUUUUGCACGGUAACUUGGUUCGUAAUUUAAAGCCUAUUGACUUGCUAAUGCUAAAGGCGUGUAAUCUAACCACGAAAGUCUUAGCAGACGUUUUUCUCAUCAUCACAGAGUCAAUCAGAGGACUAAACACAAGUAGUACAUUUACAUUUGUGUAUUUAGCGGACGCUUUUAUCCAAAGCGACUUACAUUGUAUUAUCCUAUACAUUUAUACAUAGGUAUUUGCAAUCCCCUGGGAACGAACCAACAACCUUGCGUUGUUAACGCAAUGCUCUUACCACUGAGCUACAGGAAAGCAGAAGUAAGAGGGAGAGGGCGGAGAGGUAGUGGUCCAGCAGAAAGCUGGCAACUUCGGCGUCGCUUAGCAAACACGUUUCCUGCUUCAUGCCCUCCUUUUUUAAAAGAACCAAGCCGAUGUUUAUUCGGGUUUUCUGCUGUUUUUUGUCUCGACUUCGCCUUGCUGCAUCGUAUUUUCUCUUUUUUGACGACACAGAUUGCCGCUCUGUCGGCUCCUGUGCAGAGUAUGUGCAUGCAGAGUCCGCCAUUAGCGCAAAUUUCACUUUUUACUGCAACAAAGAACCGUUUCUAUUUCUAAUAAAAAACACGACAAGAAAAUGUUGUUAUUGCUCUACUUCUGCUAAUCCUUAUAUGUAGUGCUGUAAGGUAAUAUAAACAUUUCGGUUCAUUUUGUAAGGUAUUUCUACACCACACACAACAUAGUUUUGUAUUAUACAUAGUUUGUAUAUAUUACAUUUUGGUAAAUAAAUCCUUCAAAAUGCUACACACUGUACCUUUAAGGCUAAAAGAAAAUAUUGUUUGAGAAAGCACAGGUGGCAUAUCAUAUAUCAACAUCUGUGACACAAGAGAAUGUGGUGUCUGUUUGACAGUUAAGGGGGAGGAAAUCGGUUGCCAUGUGCAAUAACUGCCCAAACCUUUUUCCCCCUCUGUGAUGUUUGAUGUCAUUAGAGUUUUGUGGAGAUUAAAGCUUCAACAAUUUUUUUUCAUUUACCUAACUCAUUGUUCUAGUUACGUUCACAAACAAUUAUUAUUAUAUUUCUUCAUGCUUUACAAUUUAAGUGUUAUUAUGGUUACUAACUUUGCCUUUGUUUACUUUUACAUUAUCACCUUUGUUUUUUAUGUUUCUCUUUAACAGUUUGCCAGUAUUUUUUUUAUUUAUUACAUUUGCAUUACAUUUAGUCAUUUAGCAGACACUUUUAUCCAAAGCUACUCACAAAUUGGGUAAACAAUGGAAGCAAUUGGGUCAAACAUUAGGACAACAAAAAGCAUAAGAGGAAUGAAAACAUGUCUCACAAAGCCUACUACAGUGUAUAGAGCAAAGUUUAGUUUAUAAAAACAUGCAUUUUUUAAUUUAUUUUAUUAGAUAUUGUAGAAAAGAUGAAAUCAGAAAUGAUCAGUCAGGUGCAGACAGAAGAGAUGUGUUUUCAGCCGAUUCUUAAAGCAGCGACACAAUCUGCUGAUCUUGUAGCAGCAGGCAGAUCAUUCCAAAAAUGUGGAAGUUUCUGAGAAUGAUUUUUUUUUGCCUUUUUGGGAUGGCACCACAGGACGUCAUUCUUUUGCAGAGCGUAUUUUAUUAAAUUAUAAUUAUUAAAUAAAUAUUAAACAUGGAGACCCUUAGGGGUGCCUUUGUAUAGGAUCUCCUUCCACAUGUAUGAGGCUAACAUAUACAUUUAAAGGUGGGGGCGGACUCUGCCGAGAUGUGCUCUUUAAGGAAUACCAGCUUACCAGCAUUACCAACAGAGCAGUGGACUGUUCAAGUAAUAUUAAAUAUUAAAUUCUGUUACACACAUCUCAAUGUAUAAACAUGUCUGUGGGUCUCAAUGUCCAAUUUUUUAUCGUAAACGUUUCAACACAUAUAAACUGUUUGUUAAAGUAGCAAUGAUGGAGAAUUGUUUUCAACCCAAAAGUUGUCUGCAAGUAGGUUAUGCCCUUUGAGAUUUUCUGUUAAGGUUAGCAUUACUUGUAAAAUGAGUGGUUUGGAAUGUGGAAACGCGGAAACUUGAAAUUAAAGUUCUAAUUAAUCUGUUCUGCAGCUUGUUUGCAUUUUAAGAAUAUUUAUCAAUGCCAUAUUUAAUAGUGAGUGAAGGUGAAGGUUUAAGUUAUUUAUUGCAUAUGGGUCCAUUCUGUGUGUGACUGACCAGCAUGUUAAUUUUCUUACUCUUCUUUGUAGUUCUAUAAAACAAUAAAACUGUGUUGUCAGUAAA